AUGUUACAAUUAGAAGAAAAAUUAUUAAAAAAAUUAAUUUCACGUAAAGCUUCAUUAGAGGAAAUUGAAGCACAAGAGAAACAAUGUGUGCUUUCUAAUUUUAAUAACGACGUUGCCUUCGAAUUAGGUUCUUUCAUUAGAAAAGCCGCAUUGGAAUUAUUCCCAGGAAAGCCAGUCGCUAUUGAUAUUUCUUUAACCAACGGUCACAAAGUAUUCCGUACCAUUACUGCAAGUGGCUCGUCCCUAGAUAACGAUUUCUGGAUUACGAGAAAGUCCAAGACAGUGAACAGAUUCAACCACUCCACAUUUUUCAUGGGAUGCAAAAAGGGCGAUAAAACUCCAGAAGAGAGAUUCUUUGUUUCAUCCAGUGAGUACGCUUUCCAUGGUGGUGCAGUACCAUUGUAUUUAAGCAACACAGACUUCCCAGUCGCUGUAUUAACUGUCAGUGGAUUAAAGCAAGAGGAAGACCAUCUAUUGGCCAUUACCUCUGUUGUCGAGUUCAGUAAGCAAACGGCCGAAGAAGAGUUGAACUUGGACUAA